AGUACUUUAAUUACGCACAGGUGGCUUCAUCUGGAUUUAACGACCCGGCCCACCCAAAAAGGUAUAAAAAUGAGUCAGUUGACGGCGAAUUUCCUUUUAAGAAGGAUAGUGUAUUUGCUGAGGUAGAAGGGCUAAAUUUGUGACAACCUCCAAAUGGAUAAUGGGAAUUACGCGAGGACUGAUGCCAUUCCAAGUUUACAACUGUUCAACUGCGUUCACCCAGACUGCGCAGCAACCUUCGUCAGAGAAUGGCGUUUGAAAGAACACGAAACCAUACACACUGGCGCGUGUCAUUUCCAAGACUGCGCUCUGACGUUUCGGAAACGCAAGGCUUACAAGACGCACCUGGCUACACACGGCAUUGCUUCUAAUUUCAAGUGCCUGAAGGAAGGGUGUGGAGCAAAGUUUGAGACUGCUGCGGCUCGCCGAUCCCAUGAGAAGACCCAUGCAGGGUACCCCUGUCCUCAGCCUGGCUGCCAGAUGGUGGCACGCACCUGGGGGAAACUGCAGGAGCACCUUCUGGAGCACCCCAGCGCCACUCACACUUGUAAAGAGUGCCCGAAAAAGUUCAAGAACCGGGCAGCCCUGCGGUCCCACAGGCGCUCCCACGCCGCGCAGAAGCCCGUGCUCAUGUGCCCCAGCGACGGAUGCCAGGCCUGCUUCUCCACCACCUUCAACCUGCAGCAUCACAUCCGCAAGGUGCACCUGCAGCUGCUCAAGCACCGCUGCUACUUCCCCGGCUGCACCCGCGCCUUUGCCAUGCAGGAGAGUCUGCACAGGCACAUUCUGCACCACGGUCCAGAUGCAGGAAAGUUAAAGCAGAAACGGCAGCGGUCCAGUAAGAGUUGGCAGAAGCGCCUGGAGAGGCGGCACCAGCCCCCCCUGGUGGAGGACGACCUGCGGCGCCUCUUCACCCAGCAGAUGAGUUUCCCUCGCCGGGGGAAGCUGGAGGCGAACCUCUCCUGCCUCUUCAACGAGCGCAAGAUCCCGCGCCACGUGGACCCCGAGGUCAACCUGCGCGACCUCUUCAGCCUCAAGCCGCCCCGCCCGCUGGCGUCCGAAGCGCUGAUCCCUCUGCCCACGUGUUAGACUCAAAAUGGCCACAUUCAUUCUAUAAAUGUACCUUUUGGACUAUCAUUUGUUAAUGUAAGGUACAUUUGAAAAGGACUUGAGUUUGUUUUACAAUUGCAAGGAUGGAAAUCUGUUUAAUUUGCUGUACAGCAUUUCUGUAUCAAAUCAAUUUGUCAAUUUGAGUAAGAUUCCUUGCUUGGUCAUUUGUUAAGUGAAUAUAUUAAAAGAAUGUACAGCA